GUUUCCAGGAAGUAGCCAUAUUGGAUCCAUUCAGCCGCAGCCGCCGGGCGGAGCGCGUCCCGCAGCAGCCGGCUCGUCCCCGCCGCGGCCCGGCCGCUCUUCCCGCCCGCGCGCCCCUGCGGAGCUCGCCAUGGCCGCCACGGAGCUGGAGCGCUGCUCGCAGAACGCGGAGCCGGAGCCCCGGAGCCUCUCCCUGGGCGGCCACGUGGGCUUCGACAGCCUCCCCGACCAGCUGGUCAGCAAGUCGGUCUCUCAGGGCUUCAGCUUCAACAUCCUCUGUGUGGGGGAGACCGGCAUCGGCAAGUCCACGCUGAUGAACACGCUCUUCAACACGACCUUCGAGACCGAGGAGGCCAGUCACCACGCGGAGUGCGUGCGCCUGCGGCCCCAGACCUACGACCUCCAAGAGAGCAACGUGCACCUCAAGCUGACCAUCGUGGAUGCCGUGGGCUUCGGGGAUCAGAUCAAUAAGGACGAGAGUUACAGGCCCAUCGUCGACUACAUCGAUGCGCAGUUUGAAAAUUACCUGCAGGAGGAGCUGAAGAUCCGCCGCUCGCUCUUCGACUACCACGACACCAGGAUCCACGUGUGCCUCUACUUCAUCACGCCCACCGGCCACUCCCUCAAGUCCCUGGACCUGGUGACCAUGAAGAAACUAGACAGCAAGGUUAACAUCAUUCCCAUCAUUGCCAAGGCUGACACCAUCUCCAAGAGUGAGCUCCACAAGUUCAAGAUCAAGAUCAUGGGCGAGCUGGUCAGCAACGGGGUCCAGAUCUACCAGUUUCCCACUGAUGACGAGGCCGUGGCAGAGAUUAAUGCGGUCAUGAAUGCACACCUGCCCUUCGCCGUGGUGGGCAGCACCGAGGAGGUGAAGGUGGGGAACAAGCUGGUCCGAGCGCGGCAGUACCCGUGGGGAGUGGUGCAGGUGGAGAACGAGAACCACUGCGACUUUGUGAAGCUGCGGGAGAUGCUGAUCCGGGUGAACAUGGAGGACCUCCGCGAGCAGACCCACAGCCGGCACUACGAGCUGUACCGGCGCUGCAAGCUGGAGGAGAUGGGCUUCCAGGACAGCGACGGGGACAGCCAGCCCUUCAGCCUGCAGGAGACCUACGAGGCCAAGAGGAAGGAGUUCCUGAGUGAGCUGCAGAGGAAGGAGGAGGAGAUGAGGCAGAUGUUCGUCAACAAAGUGAAGGAGACGGAGCUGGAGCUGAAGGAAAAGGAAAGGGAGCUCCACGAGAAGUUCGAGCACCUCAAGCGGAUCCACCAGGAGGAGAAGCGCAAGGUGGAGGAGAAGCGCCGGGAGCUGGAGGAGGAGACCAACGCCUUCAACCGCAGGAAAGCGGCCGUGGAGGCCCUGCAGGCCCAGGCCCUGCACACCACCCUGCAGCAGCCACUGAGGAAGGACAAGGACAAGAAGAAGUAGAUCUUGACCCUCAGCCCGGGACACCACACAAACUGAAGCGAAUGCUCCUCCGCUUUACUCGUGACAAAUUGCCAAACUGACUGCCCUUUCCCAGUGUCCACCUUGCUGUCUUUUGCUUCUUGUUUGAUUUUGGCCGUCUGCGUAUCUUUUUAAUGUGUCUGUUUUUUUUGUUCUGUUUGUUUUAUUUUUAUUUUUCAGUUAAGCGCACGCACAGACUUACAUGUCAAGAGCGGACUGUAGACUGUCAUGUGUUAAGUUGCUUGAGUUACACCUUGUGACCCUUCUCCCAUAAACAUGGUGUGAGGACGGACUGGGAGCCGGUACAGACUCCAGUGUUUACAGCCUUGCUCUGUCCCCGCCCCCGCCCCGGGGCUGUGCCGGGCCUGGCGGGCCACCCCCCUCUCUCUAUGCAAACACGACAAAGCCAUACGAAUGCUGGAAUCCCAAACUGAUGAGGCUUGUUUUUUUCAGAGCCAGUGGCUGGUCUUCCAUUUACAGUGUCACUAUCCCUUGACGGAGCAGCCAUGUGCCGCGCUGGCGAAGGCCCCGCCGGCCGUGCCCGGCCUAAGGGUUCGGCGUCCGGAGGGCCGCUCACGAGGUGCCUUAGUGCUGCCUAGGUGUGGUGCGGUACUCAUGCUGCAAAACGUGUCCGAUUCGCCUCGUUUUAAUUUUUUCUAACCUAGCGUUUAAUUUCAGUAACCGCUUCUAAAGCGCUUCUAAAUUUUUAUUUUGUCACGAGCGUACAGACAAAUAAUACCCUCUCCCGUUAUUUUCCUACGUAACACAGAUUACCCUGAUUUUUUAAAGACUAAAAGUAUCCCGGCCUUUUUUUUUUUAAAAUGUAAAAGGAUCCCUAUACUACCCCGGGAGAGGUGGCAAUAAACAUCCUGCAACCACAGUGUUUGGGAUUUCUUUACGGAGGAAAGUGGGACACGACCAACACCCACAUCCGGAGUGUUCACUGUGAAUGUAAAUGGAACAGCAGCCCCAAGCCCUUGUCUGUGCCCCUGGGGUGCUACCCGUAAAGCAGGGACCAGCUCCGUGUGUGUGUGUGUGUGUGUGUGUGUUACGUGUUCUUCAUUCGGACUAAGACCCCCAAACCAGUCCCGCAUGUUCCUGAUGCACAAAACGCUCAGCCGGGAAGAGGUUUUUAUCUCCAGGUCCUUGUUUCCUUCUUUCCUGGCUGAGUCACAGGGCAAAAGAUGAAGGUGUCUGAUGUCUGUGGACACUUUAAGGAAAAAACAACAACACACAAACUACCAGCAAAGAGCUUUUUCCUUUCAGCUGCAUUCUUACGGGGGUUGUUUUAAGGAAGUACGAGCAUCAUGGAAUUCUUCUGUGCUCCCGUUGGCUGGCAAGCCACCCAGAGGAUCGGGGCUGACCACGUGGCCUGGUAAAGCGGGAGACAAAGGAAUGAAUGAGUGAAGGAAGGGUUUCACUGAAUGUAGAGGAAGCCCUGUGCUGGGCACAGGCUCCAGAGUAACACGCAGCGCCUCUCGACCUCACAGCCCAGCGCACUCCCUGGUGGAAGCUUCGGCAGCCGGGCGGAUGGAUUGGGGGUUGAUAGUCUGUUUUCAUGUCCUCUUCCUCCCUCCCCCCGCCCCCCAGUGCUGUUUUAUUGAUUUGCCGGACCAUGUCUGGGCUUCCUCCUGCCCUUCUGAGAUGGUGCUCCAUUCGGAGUGGGGAGGAGGGGUGAGCCGCUGUGAAAUGGCCAGAAAAAGGCAGCCUUUUUCCCACGCGCCAGGAGCAGAGCAGGUGCUGUUGAUGCUCAAAGUGAACAUUCUCCCGGGGUUAUGCCAUGACCAGGGAGGAUGCAGACUUGGAAGGGGUAGGAACUUGAACGAUUUGAGAAGCCGCCUUCCAGAAGAACGUGGACAUACCAUUAGGUGCGGGGCCUUGAGGACUGAGCUCCAUUAGCCUCCCAGGACCUCCGCCUCUGGGUGUGAUCACGUGGGUAUCCAAAUAGGCAGUCAGCAUAUCUGGGCAGAUGUGGCUUGUCUUUAAGUCAUUAUGUGAAAGUAUAUGAACUUGGGCAGAAGUAUGACCUGAAGAUAGAGCCUCUGUCCGCUAAUGGGUUUCUGAGGAUGAGGCUUGAUAAGAAAGGAGGUUUUUGUAAGAAAGGAGGACUCCUGGUUUCUGAGCCAAUGUGGGGACUCAAGUGGGCAGACUCUGCCCCCCACCCACCACAGCCGGUGAGCCGCUCCCGGGGCAUCCUGGAAGGCCAGAAUGGUGGCUGGCUCCGGUUGCAUUUUCUGGGGUCUGACCUGCCUCCCUAGGUCUCACUAGCGUUGGUGGACCUUACUACACUUCCUUCCCGGUGCUGUUUGUGUUUGGAGUUUUGUCAUCAUCAGCUGAGACCAAUUUAAUCCUUGGUGCACAAGGGGAGCUUAACGCUUGCCAUGGUUUAUUUAACCAGCCGCCCCUCCUGGGAUGUGGCCCCAGCCCGCAGAGUCUGCUUCCCCUCCCUUUGUUUCUCAGUGUCAUUGAUUGGCAUUAUGUGGGCUGUCAGUGGGGUCGUGCUGGCAUUGGCUGUCACGUCUUUCAUGAAUCAAGUUGGUUUGGGGUAGAAUCACCAUAUAAUUUAUUGUCCAGACUGAGAGGUUUCCGAGCGAAAGGAGAGGCUGUUAAUUAUUCCAGCUCAACAGGCAUAAGCCAGGCCUGUCUCAGGCAAACCAGGAAGUGUGGUCACCCCAGUUUAGGGAAGCUGGAGCCGAGGUGGUUUGUAAUGGUGCAGACUGACGGCAUGGAUGUGUAUAUGUCUGUGUGUGGGCUCCCUGUUACACAGGGCUCAUGUUACUGGCUAAGAGGCCUGAGGGAAGUGUGGCUCGCUAGUCUGUUACGUUACCAUGCUUUUCUAAAACGGCUCCCCUUGUUAAUUCAUUUACUCCUUCAUCCAUUGACUGUUUUCGUUCCUUUCCAUUCACUUUGUACUUGUUUCCCCCUCCCCCCCAUUAAAUUUUGCAUUUAUUUUGA